AUGCAGGUGCAACCCACUGAAUCAUCAACUUGUAAGAGGGCCAUGGUUUUCCCUCAUUAUUAUCAGCUUUCUUCUUCUCAAAAAAAUAGCUUUUCUGGUGUUGGAGGUGGUGGGGACGGCGGCGGUAGUGGAGGGGCCAAUUUUUGUAGUACAAAUAACCAGGCGGUGGGGUGUGUGAGCAAUAUCUACGAUUCUACAGUCGGCGGCGGAGCAGUUUUUCCGAGGAGCUCUCACAAUAGUGGUUUCAAAGGAGGCAUGCUAAUGUCUGGAAAAGUUCUUUUUACAGACACACAGUGGCAAGAACUGGAGAGACAGAUAAUGAUAUACAAAUACAUGUUGGCUUCUAUCCCUGUUCCAUCUCAACUCCUCUUACAACUCUCAAAUCCCCCAAUUCUAACCUUCCAAUCUAAAACAUCUGGUUUGGAUUUGAGGUUCUCGAGCUGGUCGGAUGCAGAGCCGUGGAGGUGCAGGAGAACAGAUGGGAAGAAAUGGAGGUGUUCAAGAGAUGUAGCACCUGAUCAGAAAUACUGUGAGCGCCAUGCCCAUAAAAGUCGACCCCGUUCAAGAAAGCCUGUGGAAACUCAAUCCCGGAACACUAGUACUAACUAUUAUUCUCAACAAUCUCUUCUCCUUCCACCUGAUACUACCACACAAAAGUCAAUGGACUUCACUAAUCCAUAUGACCAAACAAGGUGCACGGAAUGGUUCAUGAGAGGUGUGAGCAGCAGUGACACCAUCCCCGUAUCUACUUGUAGCCAACAAUGGCAUCAACUUAUGCUGACAUCAUCGAAGGUGGAAUAUUUGAAUAGAGACAACACAGUCCGCAACAAGAAUAAUGUGUCCGUAUUUCAAUACGAUGAUAAACAGGAUUUCAUGAACUCAUUUCUUGACCACCCCAAAUUAGCCUAUUUACAAGGAAACCUCGAUUUAAACACUGAAAACACACAGACAACGAGGCAUUUUAUUGAUGCAAGGUCAACGGGAGAGAAAGAGGGCAAUGAAAAGUCUAAUGCAUCUUUAAACAAGAAGAGGUUUUCACCUUCAUCUUUGACUCUAUCAAUGUCAAGAGGAAUUAAGAUUGGUGAAGAUAAUGAUGAAAGUGCUGCAAUAGGUAUUGGGACUAUGAAUACUGUUAAAGAAAAUUCUGGGUUUUCGAAUACUGUUUCUUGGAUGAAUUCUCCGCCCGGUGGACCGUUGGGUGAGGCAUUGGGACUUGGCAAUUCCACCACGGGCGGUGGUGGAAAGGGGUGUUCAGAUUUAACUUCACCUCAUGGAUAUAGCAAUAGCACUGCUAAUAGCAGCAGCUGCAGUAAAAGUUCUUGCGAGGAUGGCAGCCAUGUACACAAUUUUACUGGUUGA